AUGACCACAACUCCACGUAGGAUUAUCGACAAGGCGUCGGUUCAAGUGCGCGUUGGCUCAACCAGCGGAGAUUCUGGAUACGAUAGUGGACCGGAUCAAAGAGUCUUGGUGAUUCAGGCACUAAAGCGUGAAGACUUCUGGCUCAAUGAUACUCGCGACAAGCCUGUUGCCCUUCAUGACGAAUCUGAGACGAGCGACGAUAUUAAAGCAAGCCGCAUUGCCAUCGCGAAAGGCGAAAUCCUUCGAUUUAAUAAUGCUGUCAGACCUUUUCAUGAGAGGGAACCGAAAGAUCUUCAGUGGACGCUAAAGCUGCCGUCUUUCUCCCCAAAACUUCUCCAAACAGAGACAGCUCAAAAGCUCAAAGGAGGUGCAUCAAAUGAUACUGAAAAGAUACCAAGCGAACCAACUACGGAAAAGAACACCCAGCGAACGAAUGCCCCGAGCACACCCUUGUUUCUAUCUACAAUCUUCUCGUCCCGCGAGGAGCAGCCAGCCUACGUCAAAGCGUUCAUACACCUUAUCCAAAAGCUCCCCGAUGAAAAGAAGCACCUGCUACAACACGGGUGCCCCUGCAAAAUCACACACAAUCAAGUAUCGCAUGACAAUGUCCAUGAAGAGGGGUACGAUGUUCUAUAUACAGAAGAGGAGGAUGAAAAAGACGCGAUAGAAGAUGCUACGUACGUAGCCGACGAGAAGGAUACCGCAGCCGUUGAGGGCGAGUCAUCUAAUCAUGCAGUGCCGCGAAACCGCAGUGCAGUAACGAAGCGCUCCCCCAAAACAGGGAGGGCGGCUGGAAAGAAGCCCUCACCUCCUAAGCAUGGUCGAAAGAUCGGGAAAAGCGGGGAUGACGGGGAUGAAGACGAUGGCGAAGACGACCCCAUUCGUGUCCAUAACAUACCCCGAAACUCCAACACUUGGCUUUGUCCCUUCUUCAUUCUUUGGUUUAUUGAAAUAUUCUGCCCCAAUAUCGUUCUUCAUACACCCCCUCCUCCACUACGCCAGUGCUGCCGGCCCCCUACUGCAAUAAAAAACUUCUCAGGUCUGAGGUAUCACCUCCGCAGAGAUCAUGGAGCAGAGAUAGAUGAAACAAUCCUGAACAACAUCAUGAAUGCAAAAUUCACAGGGGUGGACUUCCAACGUUACCAACAGAUUUGGGCUGCGUUGUUCCCUGAUGUGGCUUUCCCAGAGUUCUUCUCAUCCCAUUUAUAUGACAUCCAACUUUGCUCUCACGUCCAAGACAUCCUGAUACAGACUUUCUUAGCCUUGAUGGAUUAUGGGACCGAAGAAACGCCCGCAGACACAGUCCAACGUAAUUCGCAAGCAAGCGCCUGGAUUGUUCGAAUGUCUUUGGAAAUGGGAGCCAUUUUUGGAUCAGACCUGAUAAAUGGUGCCAGAGAGAGAUCUCGUACAAAUGACCUGCCGCAGUUGAGCCCUCAAGCGUCAGAUCCUUCACAGGGCCAAGCAGGAUCCAACACCACGAUGGCUGAACCUACAGGCUCGCCAAUAUCGGUUUUGGGCGGAGACACGGUUCUUUCAAGUCCAAAUGAAUCUUUCAGCGCGGUUACGCCUUUGGAGCAAAUACAAAUUACUCCCUAUUCACCUUCCAACUUCGUUGACCCCGGAGCAGCACAGCCACUGUCAGAGGGUUUCGGAGUCCUGCCGUCUAUCAACAGGCAACUUUCUGUAUCCCGGCAGCCGCAUAGGCGUCAACAGAGCUUUUCAACCCACGAAUCUACGACAAAUGUCACACGGCCUACUUCGCUUCAGCCUGCCGCAUUACCAGUGACGAGUGCUAGUCCCUCGCUGCAAUCGCUUGAGCAAACCCGACAGGAGUUGUUGGAAGAGAUUGAGCGACGCCAUUUAUUGCAAGAAAUAGCGGACCUUCGGCAACAGUUGGCGACUCUUCCAGCUCAACCGAACAACAGUAACCCACAAAAUAAUUGGAUGUGA